UCAAAAUGUUCUUCACUCGGGUUGUGUGUAGCAAAAUGGCCGCCCGACUAAAGUGAGUGUGACGUUUCGUGAGGUGAUUGCAUCGUUGUUUUAAGUGGUUCUUGCGAAUAUUCGUUCAUGUGACAUAGUGUUAUUGUGCUUCCUGUGUUUAUUCGCAGGUCCGCUAAGAAAAUCCGAGUAUUCGAUAAAGUAGAGGGGAACAUAUCCAGAGGAUGGACAAUCAAUCUAAAAUAUAGGUUCGCAUAGGCCACUGCGGGAGUUGCGAUGCCAACGUAUCACAAUGCGGGUGGCGGAUACCCGAAUGUGUCAGCGCCAGCGCGGCAAGCGAAGCUCGAUGGCAAUCAAAAUCACCAUACGAUCCCCUCAAACGUAACAUCCCAUCCCCUUAUACAAAAUAGCACGCAACACAACGUUCCUUCCAACUUGUCUACAAGUAACAUUCCGUCCCAUCCAGUAUCACCGACGAUGACUACGCAUUCGAACGUCACCUCUGCUAAUAUAACCAGUCACAUGAACACCGGCUCACCACCGGUAAUCCUCACCUCGAACGUCACCAAUGCUAGCAAUCCUGCUGCGUUAUCGGCGAAUCCGAGGCACGAGGUCAAACUCAACGCUAUGCCAUGGUUCCACGGGAAGAUAUCGAGGGAAACUGCCGAACGAUUGUUGCGGCCGCGCGAGGACGGCCUGUUCCUAGUCCGGGAGUCGACGAAUUUCCCCGGCGACUAUACGCUGUGCGUGUGCUACGAGGGCCGUGUCCAACAUUACAGAGUGCAAUACACGAACAAACAAUUAACUAUCGACGAAGAAGAAUUUUUUGAAAAUCUGGCCUUGCUGGUCGAGCAUUACGAGCAGGAUGCCGAUGGAUUGUGCACGCAGCUCACCAAAUCUCUGCCUAAACAGGGCAAACAGGACUUCUGCGUGGAUCUAAAGGCGUUCAUCGAUGCUGGUUGGGUUAUACAGACCCACGAGCUUGAAUUGAGGGAGUGUAUCGGCAAAGGAGAGUUCGGUGACGUGUUGCUGGGCGUUUAUCGGGGCGAAAGGGUCGCCGUGAAAAUGCUGAAAGACAACAGCGAGGCGGCGCAGAGGUUUCUGGCCGAGGCGAGUCUCAUGACUUCGCUGAUCCACGAUAAUCUGGUCAAACUGCUCGGCCUUGUUUUCAAUAAUCAACACAUGUACCUGGUUACGGAAUAUAUGAGUAAAGGAUCCCUGGUGGAUUACCUGAGAUCAAGAGGGAGACUGCACGUUUCCAAGAAGGACCAGAUCAACUUCGCGUACGACACGUGCGCAGGCAUGGCGUAUUUAGAAUCCAGACACGUAGUGCACAGAGAUCUGGCCGCGAGAAACGUUCUCGUCGCGGAGGAUAACUCUGCGAAAGUGUCGGAUUUCGGUUUGGCACGGGACGAAAAUUUUUCUCUCGAAGGAGGGAAGCUGCCCAUCAAAUGGACUGCACCAGAGGCUUUAAAGCAAAAUAAGUUUUCAAAUAAGUCUGAUAUGUGGAGUUUUGGAAUACUCUUGUGGGAGAUCUAUUCCUUUGGACGUGUACCAUAUCCACGAAUUCCACUAGCCGACGUUGUGAAGUGUGUGGAAAAAGGAUAUAAAAUGGAGCCACCUGAUGGUUGUCCUCACGAAGUUUACGAUAUCAUGAGACAAGCAUGGGACUUACAACCUGAAAACCGACCUACUUUUUACGAUAUAAAAUUAGUGCUGGGUCAACUGAAAGCUGAGUACACCAAAGGUGUGAAUUAAAGAAAAGAAAAAAGAAAAAGAAGAAAUGCUACUUAUUAUUCGUAGAUUAAAGAUUAAAGUAGAAAAGACACAAAAGAAGGAAUUAGAAUUUUCGAGAUUUUUUUUUUAAGUCAGGGUCAAAGGUAGUGGCUCUAAAUAGCUUUGCUACAAAAAGCAAUUUUCUAUUUCUCAUUUUUAAAGAUGUUUCUUCGAUUGUCAUAUUCUUUUACAAAAAUACUUUCCAUAUAAAUUAAUAUACAUCAAUCGUGCCUUUGGCCAAGUUGUAAUUCUUGAACGAAAGAAGUUCAACUUGUACAUCCGAAAUUCAGGUAACACUUGAAAGGAUAUUCACAAUACAAUUAUUUUUCCUUUUUUAAUUACUUUUGCUUUUACUUCUUUUCUUUCAUUGUCGUGUUUUUGUAAGGUCGAGUAUGACAGUCUUUAUAAAGUUGCUUAAUCUCGCGGUUUUUCGAGCAAUUUUCGUCAUUGUCAUGACUCGAGAUAUAUUUCCAGGUGUAAGAAGCGCCUUACAUUGAACUGAAUUUAAAGAAAAUGAGACGUAAUUAUUCAUGAUAAAUACUUAUUACAAAGUAAUCUUUUGGACUUAACUUGUAUAAGGAUGGAUAUAUUGGAAUUUUUUCACUUAUGUGUAACGGUAGGACAGAAAAAAGGUAACUAGAUUUUUAUCGUCGACGGUUUGUCAGAGAGAUGUUUGUAUCGUAUUAUAGUGAUUGUAGAUUACAAGUACUUGUUAGUCGUAUACGUUUUUUUUAAUCAAAGAUUUGUCAUAGGAAGUAUUAAUUUUUAACUAAAUUAUUGCAGACUAUUAUACAUGAUUAUUUAAGUUGCCCCUGAGAUAUUUGACUAUAUAUUAGUGAUGUAAAUGUAUUUGUAAAUACUUUUGUACAUAUCCGGUUAUCAGAAUGGGAAAAAUAAGAAGAAUUAAUAUUUCCAAUACACAGAUUGAUAUUGGUUAGAAGAUUUAACCAGAAUUGUCUAUAUGUUUUCGUUUUUAGUUUUUAAAAUGGUUACUUUACAUAACUAUCCGAAUGUCCAUAUUUCAAUUGCACUACCUAACGCAAUGAUAUAGAGAGAAAAAAAAAAAGAAAGGAUCGGAUAAUUACAUAUUUAAAGUAAUUAAACCGUAGGCGUUUCGUGUUAUUCUAUCUUCCUUCUGUAAUAUAGGUACCACCACUUAUUUAAUACUUUCUCCAAUGGUUAUAACGGACUAAUGAUAUUUAUUCGUAGACGAUAGGUAGUUUCAAGCGAAAUAGAAAAAAAAUAUGACAAAUGUUGAAGAGAUAGUUUCUUGGUUCGCUAUGAAAACAGGAAGAUUGGUAUACAAAGUUUGUUACUUGACAUCAGGUUUUGAAUCUAAUUUACAUAAUUUCUAUCAGAAUCAUAUACGCAGAGACUUAUUAUCCGAAAUCAAAGCCAAUGUACUCAGUUCCUCGCAUUUUUUCAUUACUUGCAAUAGUAUCCGAAAGAAAGACCGUCAUGACUGAACCGAGCUUUGUAAGACCGAUAAUAAUCUUUAACGAUAGACCGAAUCUGUUUCGCGAAAGUACGUACUAGUUUGAGUCGUAGAAUAGUCGUAAUAAAUAUGUAGCGUAUUUAUAAGCGUACCAGUCCGUUUAUAACUUCGAUAGCAUGUAAUAUAAUGUAUAUGGCUCUAAUCCAGUACCUAACGUUUUUUCGAUGAUACUACAUUUGUCGACCUCUAUUUGCGACUACGAAGACAUUCAUGGAUGCAUAUUUCACAUCCAACGUAAUCCAUAUCGAAUGUCAGUUCUCCCCUUGCUUUGGUAUUUCUCACGUUUUUACAUUGAAUAUCGAAACCCAACAUUUUGUUAUAUCUUUUUUAAGCCGCAUCGUAUUUACAGUGUGGUGUGACAAACGUUACUUCAUAAUUAUCCUGUGUAAUUUAACAUAUAAGCGAGAUUUUGUUACAGAUCAGCAUUAAGCUUUUGUGAGUGCGACCAGUGUGUUAGAUUCGUUUAUUUUUUACUUAUGAUAAGUUUGUUAGUUUGUAAGAAAUUUAAUAUAUAUAUACAUAUUGAAUAACAAAUUAUACGAUAUUCAUGAUUCGGAUGAGUUCGCUAAAGUUUGUCCAAAAUUUAUUGAUUAUUCAAAGUUACAUCCUUGACUCUGGAUAAACUAACAAGCGAGGUAUUCUUCUUUUCUAAAGCUAUCAAACGCUUCGAUUUUUCUUUUAUUUUUUUUUUCUUUUAAUACAAAAUGUAAGUUCACGUGUUUCUAUAUUUAUGUCUUUAAGACGAGAAACGAAGAACGAAAUCAGUGUUAUAUUGGGAUUCGGAUACGGUGUGGAGUUUCUCUUUCUUCGAUGAUCUUGAUCAACCAAUUGAUCUUGGACAGACUAUAGUUUACAAUGCACGGAUGUAUUUGAAUCUGAAAUGUCUGAAGGACUGAAUGCCUUUGCGUUGACGUGGAUGAGUGUGACAAUGCACGUGCAUGGCAGUGCACGUGAAAUGAAUUUACAUUAAGAAAGUUUUCAUUCUGGCCUCCAAAAAAAUUCGACCCGUAUAAUUUUGAGGGUGUAGAAGAGCGUUUGACCUGUAUGACCGCGUUGUUACAAAGUAUACAUUACCGAUUCUAAAGAUUCUCAGUAGAUAGUUGACCACAGCUACAAACUGUGGUUCAUCGAUCAGAGAUAACAGCCGUUAAACGAAGCUAAUUAACGAUUAAUAAAACGGAAGAAGGUUUACUGUAUUCGCUUACCGGUUACGAUUAUUUCCAACUAUGUGACAAACGUGUAUAUUCGCCUAUUGACAAUGUUUUUCCUUAUCUCUUUAAGAGGAUCAUUUAUACAUCGUGUGUACACUGAUACGUAAAGUUUGCGUUUUUUUUUUUUUUUUUUUUUGAUACGAUUGGGUCUUCCAGGGACACCAAACGAUUAGAGAGCAUUUGUACGAUGUUGCAGAGAAGUACAAUUUUCAAAGAAGGGAGAUGCUAGUUGGAAGAAAAUUUCAUUUCGCACAAAAGCAAAUCUAUACGAUAUUCGUUUGUUCUUAUGUCAUUAUUUCUCCAUUUAAUCUCCAACGUUAUACUUUACUGCCAAACGCUAAUAAAAUCGUGAUAUUCGUUCAAA